CUCAUUGUUAAGAUAUAGUAAUCAUAAUACUGUAGGGGCGUCUGAGUCGCAUAGGUCGCAUAUGGUAUCGCGCCGAUUGGACUCCCUUCUCAGACAUGCUUCCUGUUCUCGGCAUAUGAUCGUCAAGACCUCCAAAAGCAACACAUCCCUGACCGAACCACUGCACCUGCUGUCAGCGUCAACAGUCGUACCCACCCUUAAUCCACCUGCUGGACCUAGAGCUUCUUUGGAAUAGCAACUAACCUUCCCCCUCAUGCACGUUUCCUCCUGGACGGGUUUAAAUACGUUGAUCCCAGCACCCUAUGUAGCUGUUUUUUUCCCACUUCACAUGCCAUAGCUGCUUUCCACUCAGCUUUGCGCGCGACCUCCAUCAUGAACGUCUUUCGCAGGAAGAACAACCCGCAUGAUGCCACGGCGGUCACGGAUGAGGUAGCUCUAGAAGGCCAUGAGGACCUCGCUGCCAUUGUUACGGAGAAGACCUUGUGGCAGAAGAUAUUCCCCAUCUUGGCAGCUGGCUCCGGUCUCUUCUCUGAGGGCUACGUCCAGAGUGUCAUCGGAUCAGUUGGCACCAUCCUCAGCAAGAUCUACGGCCCUGCCUACAGCGAGUCGUCCGGCGCGCAGAACAUCGCCGCCAUUGCCUUUGCCGGCACCGUGCUGGGCAUGCUGGUCUUCGGUUACACGAGCGACAAGUGGUCGCGCAGGAACUCCCUCCUUGUCGCGACGGUUAUCAUGAUUAUCUUCACAGCCUUGUGCGCCGGCGCGUACGGCGGCGGCACACUCCCCGGCAUGAUCGCCGCGCUCACCGCGUUCCGCUUCCUUGUCGGGAUCGGUAUCGGCGGCGAGUACCCCGCGGGCAGUGUUGCGGCCGCAGAGGCAUCUGGCGAAGUCAAGGCGGGAACGAGGAAUAUGUGGUUUAUCAUGUUCACUAAUGUGGCUAUUGACUGGGGCUUUGUCAUUGGUGCGUUCGUGCCGUAUGUCUUGGUUCUAAUCUUCACUGAGAGCCACGACCGCGCGACUUGGCGUGUGGCUUUGGGAUUGGGUGUUGUCCCUCCUAUUGUGCUGCUCUUGAUGCGUCUUAAGCUCCAGGAGCCCGAGCAAUACAAGAGAGAAAGCAUGAAGCACGUGAAGAUUCCUUACGGAAUUGUCCUGAAAUACUACUGGUUCCGUCUGUUCAUUGUUGGACUCAUCUGGUUCCUCUACGAUUUCUCCGCCUUCGCCUUCGGCAUCUACUCGUCUACCAUCGUCAGCAAUAUCAUUGGAGAUGAUGUUCCUCUCUCGACUACGUUUGGCUGGAACACAGUCAUCAACCUCUUCUACAUCCCCGGCGCCAUGCUCGGCGGACCCAUCUCAGACAAAAUCGGCCCUCGAUAUGCGCUGGUGAUUGGAGUCACCCUCCAAGCCCUCGUCGGCUUCAUCAUGGCCGGCUGCUACGACACCCUCACCAAGCCCGGCCACAUCGCCUCCUUCGCCGUCGUCUACGGCAUCUUCCUCUCCCUCGGCGAGCUGGGCCCCGGCGACAACAUCGGUCUCAUCGCCUCCAAGACCUGCGCCACCGGUGUCCGCGGCCAGUACUACGGUAUCGCCGCGGCUGUGGGCAAGAUCGGCGCGUUCGUAGGCACCAGGGUCUUCAAGUAUAUUGCGGCGGCCGGAGGCGACGACAAAGUGAAGUCGGCGCAGUAUCCCUUCUGGGUCGCGUCGAGUUUGUGUCUUCUGUCCGCCUUCUUGGCGCUGUUCUUGUUGCCGCAUAUUGGGCAGGAUACGAUCACGCAGGAGGAUAUCAAGUUUAGGGCGUAUCUUGAGAGCCAUGGGUUUGAUACCAGGCAGUUGGGGCUUAACCGUGGUGAGAGUGUCGAGGGGGCGUAUCCGGAAGCUGAGACUGCUAAGGACUCGGCUGGCUUGGAUUCGGCUGUGGCUGAGAAGUCAGCUCUUGCUGAGAAGUCGGCUAACUGAGGGAGAUGCGAUAUAGGCGUGUUUAUAGUUGAAUAGUUUGUGCAGUCUUCGACGCGGUUUAAUGAGACACGAGCGUGAAGAGAUAUAUAAUACUUCUCCAACGAGUCGAAGCCAUUAAUUAGUAACUAUCGUCUUCUUCUCAUCUCUCUAUGUAUGGUGAAAAGAAAAGCCAAAAAAAAAAUACAAUACAGAGAACUGCGAGAAGGAGACUUGAACCCCCCAUGCCACCAAAAAUAUCAACAUCUUCGGAUUUACGCGUUUAACGAGUUUGGAUCCCCUUCCCAAUAAAGAACCUUCUUCUUCGCGUGUAACGAGAUUCCCUCCCCCCCAAUGGAUCAAGCCAAACUGGGGAUACUCUAAUACAAUAUCUGUCUUUUCCGGCUAGUUCUAUCAACCUAGCUUUUCGCGCC